UCACAUGGUUUGCUACUUGGAAACUUCCGGGGCAGGACAACAUGGCUGGUAAGCUUAUCAAAGCUAAAACAUGGAUGUUUUAGACGUUCCAUGGGAAGUGAAUCUCGUGGGACAUCCCCCGGUAGAGACCGUUAGCCAUGACGGAGGUCCUUCUACCCUCGCUUAACAUCCCCGGGCCCAGCUCUUUACACCCAAACGUCUCCACCAGGACCAGACAGGUCGAUGGAUUAGCAUUUCCUUUCGCCACCUCGUGUGCGCAGGCAUUUCGAGACCGACUACCACCUGUUGCCGCACGGAAUAAAUCCGCGGCUAAACUCCGCCUCCAUCCUGGAUAUAGUCCCAACUAUUGGUCUUACGGUACCUCCUACUUGGUCACUUUACUUUUCAACGGACGUCUUCCAAACUCUUUUCUUAAAGAAGUCUGCCACGGACCCAUUAAGCCCAUUAAGAAGGAAAAGGUCGAGAAAAAAGAAUCUGUAACAAAACAACCAUGCACGUCCACAUUCCAUCGAAAGAAAGAAUUGUGGGAGCCGAAAGAUCACAAAAAGCUGAAGGAAGAUGCACGAAGAGUAGAACAGAGAGUGAUGCUUGCCCGCGGGCGUCAACGCACGCGACACGAUUCCAUUUCUGCUAAAAUCCACGAGUUCAAAGCGCGAGAGGAGAAUAUUCUCUUGAGAAAAGAAGAAAUUAUGGCAAGAGGCAAACGUGCUUUUCUAAGCAAGCUAAAAUCUCAAGCGCAAAAUACAUGUACGCCUAAACCUAUCCAGAGUUGUGAGAUGUCAGUUAAAGAUGUGCCGGUUAAAGAUGUCUCUGAAUCGUCUUGUGCUACUGAAGACGGAUUUGUUAUCGUCAAUAUUGAGGGCUGCGAACUAAAGAGCUUGGAACCACUGCCUGAUGACUCUAAAUCUUCGGAAUAAUGUUCACACAUACCGAACCUAAGAACUAAAUUGUGCUUGCUGUAAUGAAAAUAAAUAUGUACA